AUGGGGUGCCUGCAGAGUGUGGCCUGCAAGGCGCGGGUGCGCCGGGAGCAAAUCGUGGUGUCGGACGUGUCGGCCACCAUCGAGCCGGCGGCCACGGCCAUCGAGGAGAGCUCGCCGGUGGUGCUGCGGUACCGCACGCCCUACUUCCGCGCCUCCGCACGCGUGCUCAUGCCGCCCAUCGCCCGGCGCCACACCUGGGUGGUGGGCUGGAUCCAGGCCUGCAACCACAUGGAGUUCUACAACACCUACAGCGACCUCGGCGUGUCAAGCUGGGAGCUGCCCGACCUGCGAGAAGGAAGAGUAAAAGCCAUCAGCGAUUCGGAUGGUGUGAGCUACCCCUGGUAUGGAAACACCACAGAAACCGUGACCCUGGUCGGGCCCACAAACAAGAUCUCCAGGUUCUCGGUGAGCAUGAAUGACAAUUUCUACCCCAGUGUGACAUGGGCUGUCCCCGUGAGCAACAGUAACGUGCCGCUGCUGACCAGGAUUAAGAGGGACCAGAGCUUUACCACGUGGCUGGUGGCCAUGAACACCACCACCAAGGAAAAGAUCAUCUUGCAGACUAUAAAGUGGAGGAUGCGAGUGGACAUUGAGGUUGAUCCCAUGCAGCUGCUGGGGCAGCGGGCACGGCUGGUGGGAAGGACUCAGCAGGAGCAGCCCCGGAUCCUCAGCAGAAUGGAGCCCAUCCCACCAAACGCACUAGUGAAGCCCAACGCCAACGACGCCCAAGUCCUCAUGUGGAGACCCAAGCGAGGGCAGCCUAUAGUCGUGAUACCUCCCAAGUAGAGCAGUGCCAGGCACGCACGUGAGGACCUGGGUGCUCUCAGCCUGCUGCAAACGAACAGGGUUUCUGAGCCAAAGCAGACCUCUUGGGUUCUCCUGCCUUUGUCGUUGUGGUUGGAAACAUGGCUCCUCCUGAGUCAGAAAUAGAGCCUGGCUGGCACGAGGGCACAGAAGAGGGUGUGCCCAGCUGGAGGAUUUCCCAGGAAGUGGAAUUGAGUGCUUGCAGGGGCUUGUGGCUGGCACAGAGGCUGUCUGACCUAAACGACUCGUCUUUCCUUGUAGGGCAGUGCAAGAUGCCAUGGGUGUGAUUGAACCGUGCCCGUGGUGAAUGCUGCUUUCCACCCAGCUGGAGGUAGAAGUGAAGGCCUGCUGGAUGCGAAGGGCUCCUGCAGUGCCCCUUCCUGCUGGGGCACCGGUCCCCAUGGUGUCCUUACCUAUGCAUUUCAGAUUGAAGCUCGGAGCCCCCGCGCUCCCUCCCGUGCCCAUCCAUAUUUAUUGACCCGGCCUCCUGGCGUUUCUCUGUUCGGCUCCCGCUGGAUUUGCUGUUGCCAGUCCCCGGAGAUGGUGAGAAGAGCCAGGACAUAUGAAUGUCACUAUGGAGAAAAGACCAAACCAGGUAUUCUGCUGCCGCGUGGGGAAAAUCGGAAGGAGAGGAAAGCUGGUUUUGCAGAGUGCCUUAAACACAAAUGACUUUACCGAGUCUUGGACUGGUAAAUGACUUUACUUGGCUUGGACUUCUGUCUCUGGAUGUUAUUACCAACUCGAACAAAUGUUGCAUUUCACUUCUCUGGGAUUAAAAGAAAACCACUCGAGCUGUACUGGAA